CAUGUGAACCAUGGCAGAAAGUAAAAUUUCUGUGCGGUAUAAAAGCGAUUGCUGACUCCAGUUAGAAUCACACACGGCAUUCUGCACUUUAACGGAUUAAAACGGUUAAACGAGAAAAACGCUUCCACACAAAAAUACAUACAAAAUGGUUCAAAAGUUGAUCGUUCUUAGCACUCUGUUGGCUGUGGCCUCAGCUGUUGUCAUUCCCGCUCCUGCCUAUCCAGCCUAUGCCCAUGGACCUGCAUAUCCAGCCUAUCAUGGACCCGCCGUCUUACCUGCAGUAGCCAAGUUGGCUGUGGCCAAAGUUGCCGCCCCUGAGCCAUACGAUCCCAAUCCCCAAUACAGCUACAGUUAUGAUGUUCAUGAUGCCUCUACCGGUGAUAUUAAGAGCCAACAAGAAACACGUAACGGCGAUGCUGUCCAAGGUGCCUAUUCUCUGAUUGAACCCGAUGGCACCCGUCGCUUGGUGGAAUACACCUCGGAUCCUGUCCAUGGUUUCAAUGCUGUGGUCCAUCGUGAACCUGCUGCCGUUAAAGUAGCUCCCGUAGCUAAGGUCUUGGCCCCAGCUCCUCUUUUACAUGCUCCAGUUGUUGCCAAAGCUGUACUCCCUGCCUAUCAUGGCAUUCCUGCCUAUCCCGCCUAUCAUUAAGGCGUUUUGAGAACAUUUUCAAAACCCCAAACCCAUGUUGACGGACUUGGCUACUGUGCCCAUUGAACCACACGAAACAACAAUCAUCACACACACCCACACCAAGCAUUGAGAGCUCAUGCGAAUCCCUGCCGAAAACCCUAAGCCACCAUCACAUGGAGGCCCACUCAUCUCGCCAGGAUUCUGUGUACGUUCUCAUUGUUAUAGUCAUCACCAAAACGAAUAACUGCAUGUUGAGAGAUCGGAACGAGGUUCUGGUUUUCCGUUGCAGUUAUUUUUGUUUUAUCCACGAAUUUAUUCAUCAUUUUCUUUUGCGAUGCUUGAUUUUUUGACGCCCGCCUCAGAACUUCUGUUCGGGCUCUUCUUCGUGUCUCGCAUUGCAAAUAGUUUUUAAGGCUGUUUGACCGCGAUAAAGUUGUUUAAUUACGUAAUACAUCUACCUAUGUAAAUAUUUAAUUUAAUUUUAAUAAUUUUAUAAUUGAUAAAUAAAAAUCGAGGGAGUAUUUUUAUUAAGACCCAUGAA